AUGCGUGCCAAGGCCAGAAUAAUGAUUGAAAUCAAAGAAGUACAGGAAAAAAUGAAGGUUGAUAUGGAGGCCAUGAAGGAACAUAUGACAACGAUGAUGAGCAUGAGGAAGAUGAUGGAGCAUAACACUGCUACAGUUGUUGCUACGAGUACUGCUAUUGAGAUGGACCCGAUUCACCUGGUUCAGAGCAAGCAUUCCUUCCCACCAUAUGGGUUGCCUCCUAAUUAUACACCGCCCAUUGUUGUAUACGCUUAUGGUGAGAAUAUCAGCAAUUCUACACCCGUAUUCAUUGAUAAUCAGCAAUCCCAAUCUAAUCAUGCACAUGUCUCUCAACACAUGGGGGAAACACAUGAAGUUCUCCAAGACCACACUCUGGCUGGGUUUGGGAUUUAUCCAGGAUAUACCAUUGAAGAGCAGGCAUUUUCUGGCAUCACUGUGCUGAAUGCUCCCGAAAUAUCUCAAUGUUGCCCGUUAUCACAACCCUUGCAUUUUGCAAGAGGAGAGGGGCCUUUCAUAGUACUUGAGAAGGAAAGGAUUGAGCAUAUGAAGGAGAGGCUACGCGCCAUUGAAGGAGAAGAAAAUUAUGCCUUUCUUGACAUGGCAGAGUUGUGCUUGGUACUCGAUGUGGUUAUUCCUCCAAAGUUCAAGGUGCCAGAUUUUGAUAAGUACAAGGGAACCACUUGCCCAAAGAAUCACCUGAAAACUUAUUGUAGGAAGAUGGGGGCAUAUGCGAAAGAUAAAAAGUUGUUGAUGUAUUUCUUCCAAGAGAGUCUUGCUGGGGCAGCUAUUACCUAG